GCGACACUCUUGGUUCCGCCUUGGCUGAGCACAGAGGUGGGUACAGUGGCUACUGGCUGGCAGUGACGAGCGCUUACUGUGUGGUGCUGGCGUAGGCGUGACGCCAUGUUGUGAAAAGUGUCUGGCAGAAAGUGGAAAAUUCGCAAGGAAAACUGCACUCGAAAGUGGCGAAAAUAAACAGCAUAGUUUAAAACAAUCCAACUUUAGGUGCCCAAUUUGGUGUCAGAGUGAAAGAAGCAAAGCAGCUAGCGAGGCAAUGGCCAAGCGAUUUGUAGGCCCCGGUGGUGCCAUGCUGGUGCUGCUGGCGGUGGUGCAGUGCAUCCUAGCGACACCACAACGCACCGCCGCAUUUUCGCUGCAGGCGGCCGUGGAUGAACUGCAUCGGCGGGAGGCGGCCAAGUAUCCACUGAACGCCCCACCGCAAUCCGCAUUGGACGACUGGGAUGAAGAUGGCGAUUUAUUUGGCAAGAAUAGGAAUCGGAAUCGCCAUCGAGUUAAUAAGGCACUUGGCAAGUACUUAGAACGCGACGAGGACAACUACGGUCCGGAUCACAACCUGGGAUUGGGCUUGGGUCUGGGCAUGGGCAUGGGGCUGGGACUGGAUGACGGCGGCGACUUGGGCCCCAAUAACCUGUCCGAUGAGAAGAGAAAGCGUUUCUCCUCCUUUCGGGAACGUGACGAGCAGUUCGAUGGAUCCGCACCUUCGGCUUUCCGUGAGCGUGAAAUCCAGCCUCUGAACGCAGAGCCCGCACGCAAUGAGCUGACCGAGCAGUUUCUGCGCGAGAUCGAAGAGGCCAGGGAUCGGGAUGCAGUGCGUCAAUGGUGGCGCCACCUGGACCAGGCGAAAACCCAACAGGAACCCGAACAAGAUGCCGAGCAGUUCGAGCAAAAGAAGCGAAUGCGAGUGCCUCCUUACUACUUGCUGAUGCAAAAGAAGCGCUCCUAUCCGGUCCUCCCAUGGUUGCCGUAUAACGGCGAUAAGCGGAAGCGCUUUCCGGUGGCCAAGCGGAGCACCACCAACUCCAAUCCGGAAUCUCCGUUGGGCCGAACCGAUGAGCGAGUGGCCCAGGAGCUGAGCGAGCUGUUCGGCCAGCCCGGCGAAACCCAAUCCCAUCCCGAGGAGAAACGCAAGCGGUCGGCGGAUGAGCAGCCAAAGGUCACCACCAAUAUACCUGGAUCCCCGCCAGCCACAGCCACCGCCUUGGGGGAUAUGCGUCUGGAGAUCAACUUUCAGCGGGUGAAUGUCACAGCCAAGGAGACGCCCACAGCCGCUCCAGCGGGCACCGGUGAAAUGGUUCAGCAUGGCGGCCAUGCCGGUCAUCAUGGUGGCCAUGUGCCUGGAAUGUCACCCGAGUAUCGCCAUCGCAAACGAAGUGAUCACGCGCAUGGCGAUAACGCCGAUGAUCCGGAGGCUGACGAGCAUGAUGAGGAGGGUGAGGAGAGCUCCGAUGAGGAUGACCACGACGAGUUCGACGAGGAGGACGGUGAAGCUGACCUGGAGGCCGAGGAAGCCGAGGAGCAACGGCGCAAGAAGAAACGAGCUGCAGCCAGUCUAACUGGAAAUGGUGGGAGCACUAAACACCUCCAUGCACCCACUGUGGGUCACCUGAUGCUCCGGGCAAAGAAGUCCAUAGAUUGGUCGCAAUACUUCGGACUGGAUCGCAAGAAGAAGUCCUUGCAGAAGAAAGAAAACCUAAGGAAACGCAGUGAAACGGAUAGUAGCAGCAAUAAUGAUGAAGAAACCGACGAUGACAGCUCCGAGGCGGAGAAAAAGAAGCGUGACUUCGAUGCCGAGAAACUGGACAGCAUGGACAAGAAGCUGCAGUCCAUCGAGGACUUCAUCAUCGACGAGACCAUCAAGUAUACGGGUGCCCACGAGGGACUCAACAGCAAGGACGACAUCCGCAGAAUCAAGGACCAUGUCCUCUCCCGCUUGGCAACCGCUUACAGUCUGGAGAAAAUGCGCAGGGCUCUGGAUAAGUUGAGGAGAUCAGUGGACAACGAGAGUCACCUUAUGCGCAAUACCAUCGAACCGGAAUCCGAGGAGAAUGCAUUGGACUCCAAUUACUGGCUGACCAAAAAGUCGGUGAAGAAGGAGCAGGCGGAACAACUGGCGGAAGACUCGAAACCACCCAAGGACAUGGAAAAGAAGAAGCGCAGCGGCUACUUGCGCUAUCCGGAGCAGCCAAAUACCAUGGAGGAGGCCCUCAGCUUGGGUAGCGUCCCCUACGAGACCCUAAACGACGCCUACCUGGGCAACAAGAACUACAUAGUGGGCUCCAAUCAGUGCCCCAUCAUCGAGUCCAUGGCGGAGCGCUGUCGGGGCGUCGAUCUCAUCUCCGGCGACAUUAACCAGGAGCUGCUGCCCCUCUGCGGCGUUCACCAGAUCUGCUAUCUAUGUGGCGCCUCGCAGGUUGCCUGCGAUUAUCAGUACUUGGCGGAGGCGGAUGGCGUUUGCGGCGACAGCAACGAGUGCCAGUCGGCGGCUCGGUCCAUCCUGAUGAUCCUGCGGGGAUCCCACGGACGGCAGCUGGGUCCUCGGGAGUGCUUGAAGAAUCCCUGCUUGUACAGGGCCAUGCGGGAGAUCGGGCUUUAAGCGGACUGUUCCGGAUAUCCUAACGUCUCUUUUGUGUGCGUUCAAAAAGAAAAGCAUAAAUCGAUAAUGAAAAAAAACGAUAAUGAUAAUGAUAAUGAAAAUGAAAAAACCGUAAUGCAACCCAGAGAGAGAAGAUUACAAUAUGAGCCCAAAAAACAACCAACAUAAAAACCUUGCUGAACUGGCAAAAAUCAAACGAUUGAUUCAAAACCAAAUAGUCGUCGCAUACAAAGACAUAAUAUUUUGAUGGAUUUUUGUGUCCGCCUCGCAAGGCGGCAGCAGCCAACUAGAGUUUACCAGAUACCUAAAGAGAUGCAUAUAGAUAUAUAUACAAUUUGGAUUUAGUUAAUCGCAGUAGACGCCCGAUGUGGCCCGAUUUAUUUGGUUUAAGUGUUUAGCGUGAAAUGGAAUUUUUCGAAACAUAUUUGCACGUUUUAUGGGUGUUUAAGUGUACAAACGUGAUCAUAGACGAAACAUACAUAUGCGUAACCAAGACAAACAAGUAUUUAAUCCACAAUCUGCUUUUUAAGUAACUUAACUCGCUUGACAUUCUAACGAAAAUGAAAGUCAGAGCUCACAUUGGCAGCUAGUCCUCCAUAGUCACCGCCAGAAUUCUUCUAUUCGGUUUGGACUUGGAGGUGUGCACAUACACCACAUACUGCAUGCCACAUACAUACCAAAUACCAAAUACCAUAUAUAUAACGAUUUUAGCCUACACCGGAAAAAACUACGUAUCUUUGCGAACGCCACUUGCAGAGCAACUAACUAUCUGAGACUUCUCUCUCCGCAUUACUUGUCUACAGAAGAACAUAUACAUUAAUGUGUUUCAACGUGCUUACAAUAAAUGGACAUAACUAAGACAAAUAUUUGAAGCUCUAACAAAUCUAUAGAUGUGAUUAUUAAUAUAUACAAGGAGUUUAAUAAAUGUGUAAAUCUUUUAGGGCCACCAUAUACCAAUCUGAACAACAGCAAGAUGUUUGGUUGCGAAAUCAAAAUAUUAUUAAUGUAUUUACA